AUGAAGAUUACGACAGCCGUCUCUGCAUCGGCCGCGGCCUUGGCUGCCUUUGCUCUUGGGUACGCUGUGUAUUUUGACUACAAGCGACGGAACGACCCUAUUUUCCGCAAGAAGCUUCGCAAGCAGUCGAAGCAGUCUGCCAAAGUAGCCAAGAAGGAGCAAAAGGCCGCAGCACAGCAAGAGACCAUGAUGAUUGAAAAGGCUGUCAAGGAUGUCGCUGAGCCCGGUGUUCUCCCUGAUGGUGUCCAGGAGCGCGAGGCGUUCUUUAUGGAGCAGGUGGCUACCGGUGAGGCGUUGUUUGCGCAGGGCCCUACGUACCAUGUGCCUGCAGCCAUUGCUUUCUUCAAGGCGCUCAAGGUGUACCCGGCCCCAGUAGAGCUGGUGAUGAUCUACCAGAAGGCUGUGCCGAAGGAAGUGUUUGACCUGAUUAUGAAGCUGGUGACGCGCGAUGCUGCUGUCAAUGGCACGGGUGCCUCCAAGUCGGCCGGCCUCGACGAGGUGGACGAUGAUGUGGACGGCAAGAAGUCAGGAGAGCCGAAGAAGGAAGAGACGGACGCGGACACGGACGCGAAGACCAAGCCUACAUCGGAUCAGACCGCUACUACGACGUCUACGACGGACGGCGAGACGAACGCAGCGGACGCUCCUGCCACCGAGUCGACCGCUGAGACCGCCGAGGCGAAGGCGGAGGAGAUUAAGGAUGUGUUCAAGGAGGCCGUGCAAGAGGCCGCAGAGGCUGCAACGGAGGCAUCCACCACCGAGAAAUAG